UGUAAACUACUAGAAGACCUAUUUUACCCAAGUCUAUCAUUAUGGACACAACAAAAGUUAUCUACAGUACCGUCGGUGCGGUCGGGUGUUCAACAAAUGGUUUUGCGAUAUUUAUUCUACUUCACUUGCAGAAUAGGUUUAGUACAACAAAUCUUCUGAUUUUAAAUCAGUGUAUUAUCGAUUUGUUGUCAUCUUUGAUGGCACUUUGUCUUUUUCUAGAUGCUGACGUAAUGACCCGACUCCCGGAAUCAAAUGCUGCAGCAGAAUUCGUUUGCAAGUUCUGGUCAAGCAAGUACAUUUUCUGGUCAUGUACAUAUUCCUCAACGGCUAAUCUUGUGGUACUUACUUUUGAUCGUUACUUUGCCGUAAUGUUUGCCGUAAAAUACAACAUAAUUAAGGAAAAGAUCUGGAUAAAAGUAUUGCUUUUGGUGAUUCCAUGGACAUGUGGUUUCGCUUUCCUCGGCUUCUGGUCAGCGAUACACACCGUAAGUGAUGGAGUGUGUAUACAGAUUUGGCCAAGUGUUGAGUAUCAGAAGGCGUUUGGUUUAAUGACUGGGGUUUACAUCCUUGUUAUUCCUGUCAGUGUAAUGUUGAUUGUUUACUUAACAAUUUUACGUGCUCUUCGAAAUCGAGUUGGAGAUGGUUCGUCUGCAGUGUCUGCGAGCAGUGCGGCUAGAAGAAUGAACAUCAUUAAGACAAUGGUAAUAGUUAGUGUGACAUAUGUGAUCUGCUGGACACCAAACCAAAUCGCUUUUGUCAACUUUACAUUGGGUGGAGGUCUCGAUAUCAACGAACCAGUUUAUUACACCGUAGUAGCCAUGUCUCUGUGCAACAUCUGUAUAAAUCCCAUAAUAUACACGUUUAAAUAUAAUGACUUUAAAGUGGGAGUGCGAAAGACUCUGCCGUGUCUUAAGUCUAUAUUCACUCCACAAGAACAUAAUCCAAUAGGAACCACGCCACUCGGCCCAUCAAACAGUUAGUUAAUGAUGUUUUUUUCAGUUCGUAAUUCGAAGUUAUCGUAACAUACGUAAAGACUUUAUUGAUUGUUACGCAGUGAAUGUCGUAAUGUGCUUUUUAAUACUUUAUUGAUACAAUCAUUAUUUUAUAAAUUAGAUAAAUAUCGGCGUUGUCCAUUGUAUCUCUAAGUUUGGGAACCAUCCAUCAUCCCUAAAUUUCAUAAUUAAACAUAUGAUCGGGACAUUUUGGGAUGUUAUCCUUGAAUACAAACACGUAUCUAAAUAAUUUGAGUCCGGUAUUAAAUACGGACACUGGUUGUGGAGAUACCGAAAUGUAAAUUCUACAAAUUAUAAGUCUAUACUCUACAAUUACUCACAAUUGCAACUAAUAGACCAAUAUGUUGCCGUGAUAUAAAAUGGUUGCUGUGUGGUUCUUACGGGUGAUGGUUUUGGUUCUGGUUCUGGUUGGUGAAGCCGACUUCCUAAGGACUCCAAAAAUGUAAGAGUAUAACAGGAGGGGUAGAAAUAAUGUCGAAUGGUAGGAAAGGUCCACCAUCUGAGUUUAAGACGUGCAUCGUCAGUCAUUGGACCUGAUAAGUAGGAAAGUACCAAUCACACGAGCAUCGUCUUUGAGAAAAAGAACCACAUUUAGUAGUAGAGUAUCGUGAGAGUAAGCGAACUAACAUUACACCUCCAAGAAAGGAGACGAGACAAUUAGGAUGUUAAAGCAAUACACGUUAAAAAAAAUAAAUUAAGGAAAAAUUUAAAUCCUGCGAAAGAUUGUGUAUUCGAUACUAUCUACAGUGUUAUCUGGAUCCACGCAAAUAUGAUUUUCUAGACCAUUGACGAGUGGUAAAACGGUCCUGGCACUAAAUUUAACUUAGCUUCUUUAAAGCACUACCACCUAAAUACGGUAUCUACACAAAUAGGGUAUCUGAAAUGGCUUCAAUGUGGUGAAAAAUUUCCAAAAAACAAGAUACAGACCGCGAUGGUGGUCACCCACACUAUGGAACGUUUCUCCGUUAUAACAGUAUCGAUAAAUAAUAUAUGAAUAUAGGAAACGAGGAAACGAGUUUGCCGAAGAGUCAUCACAUACCGUUUCGCCAUUAUUCUUGAACAGACUUUCUUGCAUUCGAUAUCAUGGAUUUUGUAUCGUUCGUCACGAAAACC